CGUUGCACCGCCCCUCGCGCAGCGGCCCGGGAUCUCCGGCCUGACCGUUCGGCGAUUCGCCGCUCGUUGCCGCCGUCCGAAUGCUCCGCACGGAGAAAGUGCUGCAGCUGCGGAGCCAGCAGGGCCGCUCGGUGCGCGUGGUUCGGGAGCAUUACCUCCGGAGCGACGUGCCGUGCCGCAGCGCGCUGUGCCGGGCCAGCUGUCCGCGCGAUGGCAAAUUGUUAUCGGACGAUGUGACUCAUUACGUUGUCCCAGACUGGAAGGUUGUUCAGGACUACCUUGAGAUUCUUGAGUUUCCAGAGCUGAAAGGUAUUAUUUUCAUGCAAACAGCAUGUCAAGCUGUGCAACAUCAAAAAGGUCGCAGACAGUACAACAAAUUGCGAAAUCUAAUAAAGGACACUCGCCAUGAUUGUACAGUGUUUGCUAAUGAGUUCCACCAGAACUCUUACCAGCCAAGAGAGAAGGGAGAAAGCAUGGAGAAGUGGCAGACCAGGAGUAUUUACAAUGCAGCAGUUUGGUAUUAUAAUCAUUGCUUGGGUCAGAUGCCGGUUGUUAUGGUAACAGAAGAUGAAGAUGCUAUCAAGCAGUACGGAAAUGAAACAGAAGGAGUGUUUGUGAUUUCCUUUAAGAACUAUUUGGAUAACUUUUGGCCUGAUUUAAAGGCUGCCCAUGAACUCUUUGACUCGAUACUUCAAGCUCGGCGUGAACGGGAGAUUGAAAGUCAAGAAAACAAUGGAAAAGAAUAUCCUGAGCACUUACCCAUGGAAGUGUUGGAGGCUGGGAUCAAAUCUGGGAGGUACAUACAGGGUGCACUGAAUGUCAAUAAGCACAGAGCACAACUGGAAGCUUUUGUUCGACUUCAGGGAUUUGGCAGCAAAGAAACAGAACUUCAAAGUGAUAUCCUUAUUUAUGGGGCCAGAGCUCGAAAUCGUGCAAUCCAUGGUGAUGUGGUAGCAGUGGAGUUACUCCCUUGCCAUGAAUGGAAAGGAAGGACUGUUGCCCUGUGUGAGAAUGAGACUGAGGAUAAAACACCUGCAGACACCACUGGUGAUCCCAUGCCCACAGGUAAAGUUGUUGGAAUCAUUCAAAAGAACUGGAGGGAUUAUGUGGUCACUUUCCCCUCUAGAGAAGAGAGCCAGUCCCAAGGCAGAAAUGCUCAGAAAAUCCUUGUAACACCUUGGGACUACAGAAUUCCCAAAAUCCGGAUCAGUACCCAGCAAGCAGAAGCACUACAGGAGUACAGAGUUGUUGUGCGCAUUGAUUCUUGGGAAUCAACUUCUGUAUAUCCAAAUGGACACUUUGUGAGAGUUUUAGGAAGAAUUGGAGAUCUCGAAGGGGAAAUAGCAGCUAUUCUGGUGGAGAACAGCAUUUCUGUUGCUCCCUUCUCAGAAAUUCAGAUGAAUGAAAUGCCUGUGAGUUCUUCAAAGAAUCCAUGGAAAGUGAAUCCAGAAGAGGAAAAAAAACGUCUCAACUUGAGAGAUACACACUUAGUAUUCAGCAUUGACCCAAAAGGUUGUGAAGAUGUGGAUGAUGCACUGUCCGUUAGAACUCUGCCUAAUGGGAAUCUAGAGCUAGGUGUCCACAUUGCAGAUGUAACCCAUUUUGUGGCAGCAAAUUCUUACACCGAUGUUGAGGCAAGAGCAAGGGCCACAACUUACUACUUAGCAGACCGUCGUUACGACAUGCUGCCCUCUGUCCUGAGUGCUGACAUAUGCUCUCUUCUCAGUGGAGUGGAUAGGUAUGCUGUAAGUGUCUUGUGGGAACUAGAAAGAGAGUCCUUCGAGAUACUGAGAGUCUGCUACAACAAAAGCAUCAUUCGAUCUGCAUACAAGCUGGUCUAUGAAGUAGCACAGGGGUUAUUAGAUGGGGACGCAAGUGUUGUUGAUGAUAUCCUGGAACUGAAAGACUUGGAUGAAAGAACAAGAGAGAAGAAAUUGUCUGAAUUGGUUUGGGCAAUAUCCAAACUCACUGAUAUAGCACGACACAUGAGAGCUAAGCGGGACAGCUGCGGUGCUCUGGAACUAGAAGGGGUAGAAAUCCGAGUGCAACUGGAUGAUAAAAAAAAUAUUCAUGAUCUCAUCCCCAAGCAGCCACUGGAAGUACAUGAGACUGUAGCAGAAUGUAUGAUUCUUGCAAACCACUGGGUGGCAAAAAAGAUUUCAGAAAGCUUUCCUCAUCAAGCUUUGUUACGUCAACAUCCUCCACCACGACAGGAAUUUUUUACUGACCUUCAAGAAUGUGCCAGUGCCAAAGGUUUCUCAAUAGACACACGGUCUAACAAAGCAUUGGCUGAGUCCCUGGAUAAAGCAGAUGAUCCAUUGGAUCCAAUUGUGAAUAGACUGUUGCGAUCUAUGGCCACCCAUGCAAUGUCAAAUGCAUUGUACUUCUCAACUGGCUCUUGUUCUGAGGAAGAGUUUCAUCAUUAUGGUAUCCUGUCACUCGUUAUGAAAUUCCUGCUAUUCCUGAACUGCCAGGGGGAGGCAGUUGACUGCUUUGGUUACUUAUUGCUUCCUUUUUUAUUUGUAGGCCUUGCUUUAGAUAAGUACACUCAUUUUACUUCUCCUAUUAGAAGAUACGCUGAUAUAGUUGUCCACAGACUCUUGAUGGCAGCAACUCUGAAGGAAACUAAGGAUGUGAAGGAUAAAUUAUUCAGUAACAAGGAUCUUGAGGAAUUGUGCAAACACAUUAAUAACAGGAACAGGGCAGCCCAGCAUGCUCAGAAACAGUCUACUGAACUCUUCCAAUGCAUGUACUUCAAAGACAAAAGCCCAGAAACAGAUGAGCGCUGCAUAGCAGAUGGAGUUAUCUACUCAAUUCGAACAAAUGGUGUGCUUGUUUUUGUGCCAAGAUAUGGAAUCAAAGGUGCUGCUUACAUGAAAAACAAGGAAGGCUUAGUCCUCUCCUGUCAAGGUGAGAGAAGCUGUGAGUGGAAGCCUGGAUCACUCCAACGGUUUCAGAAUAGAAUUACUUCCACUACAACCACUGGAGAAUCGGUUACAUUAAGCCUCUUUGAUCACAUUACAGUGAAAAUACUUGUGCAGACCUCCCGCUGCCAUGCUGACACAAUCAAGCUUGAAAUAAUCAAGAACACCCCAUGCCAGACUUCAGCCACAGAAGUUUCCAAGAAGAAUUUUGGUGUGGUGAAAUCUGACUUAGUCAGAGAAGUCAGUCAGUCUGCAGAAGCACUGAGUGCCCAGGAAAAAGCAAGAAGUGCAGUAAUUGAGGAACAGUGCCUGGAGUACCAAGAGUACUGCCAGACAAAGGGAGCAAGCUUAUACCAGCUGCUCGAGGAGAUAAGGGACUGGGCUCUAUUGGAUGUUUCAGCUGAUACAUGUAGUUGUUGAUGCUCUGCUUAUAGUUACUUUGUACAAUUUUUAUUUUUAAAAAUAUAUUUAAAAAAUGAAGUCAUUUUAAUGAGAAAUUGUGUAUUUUAAAUAAGAAUUCUUUGUAUCUGGUUAUCAUGCAACAAAGAUUUUAUACAUGAUAAAUCUUACCUUCCAGACUAAA